AGUCGCUGUAGAUAUAUCAACGGUAUAAAUAGCAAUAGUAUUCCUUUGCUAAAGUGUGUACUUUGAUCAAGGCGUACAAACAAUCAAUAUGAAGUACAAAAUCACCGGUUAUCCGACAAGCUAUCCCUAUGCGGAGUACCUCGAUCUCCCCACUGAUGAGGAAUUGGGCGUCGAUCUUGCCAACUUCUGCCACGACGAAGCUCGGAACCUGAAAGAUGGCCGCAUGAUGCUGGCAGCAGGGCUGGUCGGCACCGACAUGAUAAAACUUGCCAAGUCGGUAUUUCGCAUCCCCGGUGUCAACCCGAAGAUAAGAGAAUUCAUUGUUCUACGUGUCGCCAAACACGUCGGCGGCGUGAACCCAUGGGGUCCAAAUCUGAGGAUGUUGGAAAACUUGGACGCUACGGAGGCCGAAGUCCAAGGUAUCCUGAGUGAUGGGCCGGUGACGGGGAUGGACGAGGAAUCAAGCCUGAUCAUGCGGGCCUGUGACGAGCUUACUCUCCAAGGCUGCAUCCAAGACCCGACCAUGAAGCGAAUGAAGGAGAGAUACGAUCGAGACACGAUCUGCAAGUAUGUGCUCACAUUAUCGUGGUACAAUAUGUUCAACCGCUAUGUUGUCUCGACCAGGGUUCCCCUCGAGAAUCAGGCAGAGAUUGAUGAGAAGAUCGGUCGCAGUACGAGACCGGCUUGAGUAUGGCAGGGACAUAGAACAUGGGGUCCGUUAUCACAUCAAGCUGUCUGAUAGCUCUGGAGCCUCUGACAUUCAAGGCUCCCACACAUACUCCUAUACCCUGUCAAUAUCCUUAGAAAUGCAGUCGAACUUGAUAGCUAGAAUGCAGAAGUCCCCCCGUUCACAUGGUCCCAUUAUUUGGUCGAGCUCGAUAGCAACAUGGCGAAAUCCCAC